AUGACGACUGUCGCAUUUCUACCUCUAUCUUUCCCUUUCUUGAUUUUUAAUUUCGGUCAAUACAUCCGUAUUUGGGCUAAAAAUUCCGAUUCUGAUCAAUGGACUUGUAAAAGUAUCCUUACAGAAGGACAUACGAGGACGAUACGUAGCGUGGCUUGGUCACCUUGUGGAAAUUAUUUAGCAUCAUGCAGUUUUGAUGCAACAAUAUGUAUUUGGUCUAAAAAGGAUGGAGACUUUGAAUGUAUGGCAACCCUAGAAGGGCACGAGAAUGAAGUAAAAUGUGUUAAUUGGUCUUCUUCUGGAGUGUAUUUGGCUUCUUGUAGCAGAGAUAAAUCUGCCUGGAUCUGGGAAUUUAUCGAAGAAGAUGAAGAAUAUGAAUGCGCUAGUGUAUUAACCGAUCAUUCUCAAGAUGUUAAACAUGUUGUUUGGAGUCCAAAAGAAAACGCUCUAGUCUCUGCUAGCUACGAUAACACUAUCAAGAUAUAUAAAGAGGUUGACGAUGACUGGGAAUGUAGUCACACCCUUAUUGGACAUGAAUCAACCGUUUGGUCGCUCAGCUUUCAUUCCAGUGGAGAAUUAUUUGUUUCUUGUGGGGAUGAUAAGGUUUUAAAAAUUUGGAAAUGCUUAAAAUCGGGUCCAUCUGAUGUAAAGUGGAUCAGUAUAUGUACAAUAGCUGGUUAUCAUAAUAGGCCGAUUUAUGACGUUGAUUGGUCUAAACUAAACAAUAAGAUUGCUACCGCUUGUGGUGAUGAUGCAAUUCGUAUCUUCUCUAUUGUAAGGAUUACUAUAUCUAUAUCAAAUCAGUUACUAUUUAUUGCUUAUUACCAGGCACACAAUCAUGACGUAAAUGUUGUUAGGUGGCAUCCGAAAGUUGAUAACAUAUUAGCAUCAGGAUCUGACGAUAAUUGUAUUAAGAUUUGGAAGGUUCAUUCAAAUAACUAA